CUUCUCGCAGCAGUGUACGAAGGGCUACAAAGACGUGCGGGGCGCGACGAUUCUGCAGAGCCUGAAGCGGCUGGGAUUAGAGAAGUUGACGCGGGAAGAGGUGCAGAAGAUGCAGUGGGAGGUGCUCGAGACGAAGAUUGGGAGCUGGAUCCAGUACCUGCGGAUCGCCGUCAAGCUGCUGCUAGCGAGCGAGAGGAAACUGUGCGACCAGGUGUUCUACCGGCUCGACCCCGACCGUACCGCGGUGUUCUGCGAGGUCGCUGCCGAGUCGAUGGCCACGCUGCUCAGCUUCGGGGACUCCGUCGCCAAGAGCAAAAAGUCGCCCGAGAAACUCUUCGUUCUGCUCGACAUGUACGAAACGCUGCGGGACCUCAUGCCGGACGUUGACGUCACGUUUGCUGGUGAGGCGUGCGCGACGAUCCGCGAGGCGGCCAAGGGCCUGCUGAAGCGCGUCGCGGAGACGGCGCUCGGGACUUUCGCUGAGUUCGAGGAGGCGGUCGACAAGGACGUCAGCAAGCACUCGGUGACGGACGGGACGGUGCACCCGCUGACCAGCUACGUCAUCAAUUACGUCAAGUACCUGCUCGACUACCAGGCGACGCUGAAGGAGCUGUUCCGGGAGGGCGACGUGGAGAAGCAGGCGACCCAGCUGGCGGUCGCCACAACGCGCAUCAUGGGGGUCCUGCAGCAAAACCUGGACGGCAAGUCCAAGGUGUACAAGAACCCCGCGCUCACGCAGCUCUUCAUGAUGAACAACAUGCACUACAUGGUGCGGUCCGUCAAGAGGUCCGAGGCGCGCGAGCUAUUAGGCGACGACUGGGUGCAGCGGCACCGGCGUACCGUGCAGCAGCACGCGACGGCGUACCAACGGUCGUCCUGGGGCAAGGUCACGACGCUGCUGACUGGACAAGGGCUGCAGGCGGGCGGGCAAGAGGGGGCGGUCAACCGGCAAGCGGUCAAAGACCGGUUCAAGGCCUUCAACACAAGCUUCGAGGAGCUAUACGCAAGCCAAACCCAGUGGGUCAUCCCCGACCCGGAGCUACGAGAAGCGGUUCGGUUGCAAGUUGCGGAGGUUCUGCUUCCCGCAUACCGGUCGUUCUUGAAGCGGUAUGGAUCAAUUCUCGAAGGGGGAAAGAAUCCUGGAAAGUACAUCAAGUAUGCUCCAGAGGACCUAGAGCGAAUGCUAGGCGACUUUUUUGAGGGAGGAAACCGAAGGUAACUCCUUCUUGUCCGUCAAGUAUCAAGAUCCAACGUAUUCUUGAGCUGGGGAUUGCUUGUGAAGCGCCGUAACUUCUCCUGUAGUACGUACAGAUUCUUUCAACAGUCAGCAGAGAAUCUCUUCCUUAAUAAGUGUACCGUUGUGCAUGCUGAUCUCUCGGCACUCGUAAAUACUUCUUGCCUCAUGUAGGCCAUACUUGGCCAAGUCAGCGGUGGAUUUCUUGACCGUGAAGAAGAGCCGAAUUGCAUAGUUGCUGGGUUCGAUCAACAAUAAUCCGGA